AUGAGUAAAGAUUUUUAUCACAAUUUUAACAGUAUUAAAUACAUUUUUAGCAUUUAUUUGUAUUUUGGUCGACUGCCAUUCCUGUUCCACAAUUUGAAACACAUCCUGUGUCUAGAAGAGCUAAAGGAGGUAUACAUGAAAAGCAUUAAGUAGAAUCAGUUUCUAGGCAUGUUAAACACUAACUAUUCAAACAAGGGGAACAAGUAAUUUUUGCAGAGUCAAAGUAAAAAGAAUCUUAGCAGACACAAAUUUUAUCUUUGUUAAAAGUUAAGCCUUAAACAGGAAGACAUUAAGUGCAAGAAUGUGAGUUAGAGCAAUUUAAACAAGUAGGAUAACAUUAGAGACAAUUUCCAUCUUAUAAAUAAUAUCCAGUAUGGCAUUCUGUACAAGUAGUCUAAGCACUACUUAGAGUACAGCUUUAGCAAUUAUCUUAUAAACACUUAGAUUUAUUUCAUUAAAACAAUAAUUUAAUAUUUUUAAAUAAAAUAAAAUAAAAUAAAUACUUACAUUAAAAGCGUAUAUUGUAAUUUCUCUCACACCUAAAUAAAUAUUCUUAUUACUCCCUAAUUCUAAAUUAAAAAUAUUUAAAUUUAAUAUGGUUAAGCUAUUUAAACUCUAAGAGUUAACUAGGAGAGAAAAUGUACCAAUCACCUCAGAACCUUAAAAACCACAAAUAUCCUUUGA